AUACGUAAGUCACCAAUCUGACAGCUGCUUUAUUUUUUGGUUGCUUGUUUUUUUACCGUAUAAAAAGUGAUAAAAACAUUGCGGUUCGUUACAAAGUGAUGGGAAUUGAAUGUAAAAAAGUUGUAGUGAAAUAAAUCUAGAUUCCAACACCAAAACCAAAGGAAGUAAAAGUUCAUUCAUCAGGUGAUUCUGGGCAUGCGCAUUCGCGACGCGCCAACAUGGCCAAGUUACGAAUUUGUGUUCAUUCCAGCGGCAUAUGCAGUAAGGUUAGGUUACCCAGUGCAAGAUGCCCUCUGAAAAAAUAGAAAAAGGCUCUCAGCUAGUGUUAAAGCAGUUCAAAACGAUGGAUACCGAUAUUAUCACGCAAAAUAACUCCAGUGCCGAAUUGGUGCGCCCCGAUACCAACGACGAGGGUGACAAUAGUGCCCCCGAAAGACUUAGGGAUGUUAAAUUGAAAGACUGGGUCGCAGUUGCGAUAUUGUGCUUCAUCAACUUAAUUAAUUACAUGGAUAGAUUCACCUUAGCAGGUAUAUUAAAAGACAUCCAAGACUCCUACCAUAUUCAAAAUGGCAAGGCAGGUCUUUUGCAGACCGCUUUUAUUCUGAGCUACAUGAUUUUUGCCCCUAUCUUUGGUUACCUGGGCGACAGAUACAGUAGAAGAUGGAUCAUGGCGGCUGGUGUGUUCCUAUGGAGCAUGACGACACUGUGUGGAUCAUACAUGGGCAAUUUUUACUGGUUUCUGUUUUUCCGGGCGCUGGUAGGCAUAGGCGAAGCCAGCUAUUCCACAAUCGCUCCGACGAUUAUAAGCGAUUUGUUCAUCAAUGAUGUCAGAUCGAAAAUGUUGGCCGUCUUCUAUUUUGCCAUCCCUGUCGGAAGCGGUUUGGGCUACAUCGUGGGCUCGGAAACGGCCCAAUUGGCGGGGUCGUGGCACUGGGCCUUGAGGGUGACCCCCGCCCUAGGCAUCGUUGCCGUUCUUCUCAUAAUUUUCGUGCUCGAGGACCCCGAACGCGGGCACAGCGAAGGAAGCGGACACAUGGAGACCACUCCCUGGCUGGAGGACAUCAAGGUCAUCGUUCAAAACAAAAGCUUUAUGCUGUCGACGGCCGGGUUCACUUGCGUAUCUUUUGUGGCGGGCGCCUUGGCGUGGUGGGGCCCCAAGUUCAUCGAAAUGGGAAUCAACUUGCACCACAAGUCUCAAGGAGAUGACGAUACGACGGCGUUCAUUUUCGGCGCGAUCACGAUGGCGGCGGGCAUAGUGGGCCUCACGGCCGGCACGUUCUUGAGCCAGUGGCUGAAGCCGCGCUGGCCCAAGGUCGAUCCGGUCAUUUGCGCCGCGGGCCUGCUGCUCUCCGCCCCCCUCCUCUUGGCCACCACCUACGCCGCCACCCGAUCUACGCCCCUGUGCUACUUCCUACUGUUCGUCGGACAGGUCGCGCUCAAUCUCAACUGGGCAAUAGUCAGUGACAUUUUGCUGUAUGUUGUACUGCCAACACGAAGAAGUACAGCUGAAGGUUUUCAACUAUUGGUAGCCCAUGCGCUGGGAGACGCGGGAAGCCCCUAUCUAAUAGGAACGUUAUCUGAGGCCUUUCAAAAGCACAUGGCGCCUGCCGAGGACACCGAAUUCAGAUCCUUGCAGUACGCUCUGUUUUCCACGUGUUUCGUGGAAAUUCUCGGCGGCAUAUUUUUCCUUUUUACCGCCCUUUACGUGGUGCAGGAUAAACGUAAAGUCGAUAAAACCCUUCAAGAGGCUAUGCAACCAUCUUUACCACCUUUCGAUGAUCCACAGUAGGAUUUAUAAGUUGCUCGUCGGCCUGCAAUUCCCUUCUGGUAAACGAGAGUGAUCAGGGGACCUCUUGAUUGUUAGUUUACUAAUUCGUACUUUUUCCCAUUCAAAAGUGUGCAAGUGUCAAACAAAACAGUUUUGGCAGCUUAAUGUGUGUAGUAGCUACGCAAAAUCACCGAGACUUUUUUUAAGGUUUAAAUUUUUCUAGUGGCGAGUGCGACUUGAACUAGUUAAAAGUGUAAAUAUUCCCUUUUUAGAUAAGCUAUACAUCUGUCAAAACAGAUGUUCUGUCAAACGUCAAUUUUGAAGUUAGACUUCAUCUUGCCAACUGUCAGAUUUGCAGUUUUUAAUUUUUUAAUUAUGUGGUGUAAGAAGAAAAUUUAUUUAUUAACUUCGUUAAUUUUAUUUAUGUUUUUUUGAACUAGUAAUACCAAAAUAUAUGUACUAUUACUAUCAGUAUUUUAAAAAUGAGUUAUAUUUUAUUUAUUUAUUUACAAGUUGAUUUUGUAAAUAACUUGUAGACUAGUCUACAGCCAGCUGGCAAGACAUUAGUAAUUUCUAUAUAUCUAUACAUAAGCAAUUGCGGCAUUUUUUUGUAAUUUGCUCUCUUAAUUAAAUUGUUUUUUAUUUAAAACGUUCCUAUACUACCUAUUUUUGUUACUAUUUUUAGUUGAGCAUUUUCAUUAAUUACUUUUUGGUAUUGCAGCAAUUUUACAUGUCCCAAGACUGAAAAGACAUCUGUGUAAAUAUUAAGUCUUAAUUUAAUGUUGCAUUAAUUGAAAAAUGUUUAAUAAAAUUU